AAUUACUUCGCCAGCCAUUGUCGGCUUGUUUGUAUGCAAAUUAUAAGCUGAUUAAUUUGCAUGUUACUGUGAAUUCUAAAACAACACCUAGACGCCAAUCAAGCGAUUAAUUAGUUACAAGAUGAAUGGAGAUGUGUCUCAAGGAGAAGGGUCAACAGGAGGGGGAGAUGCCUCAAAACCACUCAAUCUGGCCACCAGUGCUUCAGCAGCAAUACAACAGCUACAGAAUGCUUUGUUAGCUGGACAGUUCCCUAUGGCCACAGGAGCAGCAGCACAAGGUGGAUUGUUGUUACAGGGAGGAUUUGCUCAACCAGCUGUGGUACCAGUUUCUAGUGGGCUAGCAGGGAUACAGUUGUCAGCAGCAGAUCUUCAACAGUUACAACAGCUUCAGCAGACUAUUCAACAACACCAGCUGCAGUUACAACAGGUUCAAACCAGUCAGAACCAGGCGUUACAGACAGCCCAGACAACACAAGCCACUCAUCAAUUCAAUGCCGCACCUACUUUAGCCACCCUGCAGGGUCUGACAGCAGCUAAUUCACCACAGAUUGUUCUGAUUAAUACAUCACAGCUAGGUGGAGCUUCACUACAACCAUUUAUUAUUCAGAAUCAGGGUAUUCCAGUGUUACAGAACUUGACAUUGGCAUCACUUGGACAACAUGCACAACUGGCCCAACAGAUUCAACAACCAGUUUUACAACAAACAACACAGGCUGCUGCCCUCACACAACCAACACCUGCUCCUGUGCUGCAAUCUCAGAAUGUAUCACAACAACUUAAACAACUACAACAACAACAGCAGCAACAACAACAACAAGCAUCAGAAUCUAUCAAGGAACCAGUAGAACUUGAAGAGGAGUCCAUGCAUCUUACUAUACAACCAGAAGAAAACAUUGAUUUAGAAGAAUUAGAACAGUUUGCUAAAACUUUUAAAAGAAGAAGAAUUGAAUUAGGAUUCACCCAAGGUGAUGUGGGUCUAGCUAUGGGAAAGUUAUAUGGCAAUGAUUUCAGUCAGACAACCAUUUCAAGAUUUGAGGCAUUAAAUCUGAGCUUCAAAAAUAUGUGCAAGUUAAAACCAUUAUUACAGAAAUGGUUGAAGGAUGCUGACAUGUUGUCAGCUAGUCCGACCACUCCAGUGUCUGGUGGUAGUACUAUUGGGAACCUUUCCCCUGAAGCCAUAGCUAGAAGGAGGAAGAAGAGAACCAGUAUAGAUACCUCAGUUAGAGUCGCUUUAGAGAAAGCAUUCAUACAACAUCCUAAACCAUCAUCAGAGGAAAUAGCUAAUUUAGCUGAGGAUUUAAAUUUGGAACGAGAAGUUGUCAGAGUGUGGUUUUGUAAUAGACGUCAAAAACAGAAAAGGAUUAACCCUCCUUCAAUGUCAAUGAACGUUACUGUCAAUGCACAACUGAAUUCCCCAACUAAUACCUCUUUGAAUCUUUCUGGUUCCCUGAAUCAUUUAAUGGCUCACUCAUUAUCAGGGAACCAGUCACAGACAAUAGGUCAAACAUUGAACAAACCAACAGUAGUUAACAGUGUUGUUGGGAACCAGUUGUUAAGUAAUACACAGACAAUCUCAACAGGGAUGCAGAACCCUAUAUCUAUAAAUCCAUCAAAGAAAGACAUGCAAGUUACUUCUGUUGACUUUUCUAAUCCUCAGGAAGCUCUCCAUUUUUCACAGGCGAUGCCAUUAGAAUUAAAAUUAACGAACGACAAGACAAAUGUGAAUACGAACAAUUUCUCCUCGCUUGCACAACAAGUUCUUCCACUGGGAUUAACAUUACCGGUCACCUCUCAACCAAAAAUUAUGAAUACUUCCGAUUUUUCUGUUGCACAAAAUGGAACAAAUUCAAAUAACCAGAUAUUCAUAUCUGGGUUACAGAUUCCAACAUCACUGACAAAUAACCAGUCAGAAUUGACUAUAUCAACCUCUUCAUGAAAUGUCAAUAUGAAAAUGUAUACUUAUGAAAUUAAUAUAAAAUUUAUCAGAAUAAUUUGAUAUAUUAGAAUAUGUAAAGAAGUCUUAUAUUAUUUGAUAUGAGGUACUGUGAAUUUAUUUAGUUUUAUAGAUAUCAAUUUUCGUGGAUUGAGAAAAUAGUGGAGUUUCAUGAAUAUUUGAAUUUUGGGAUGUGCAAAAAUAUACAUUAAAAAUUGUACUUUGUUUAACAUUUAUUUUCCUGGUUCAACAUAAACGACGAAAUCAAUGAAAAUUUGGUAUCCAAUGAACAAAAGUUAAUUCACAGUAUUCUUGCUUUUUUUUUUUUUUUUAUCUCUAACAGGUCAAUAUUAUAAUAUUAAAUGUUUAUCAUUAAUGUGAUUUAUAUUAAAUUAUCAUCCCAUGUAUUAAUGAAAUACAAUGUGAUUUCUUGUUCUUGACAUAAUAUAAAAUAUUGUUUUCUUACACUAUAUGUUAUAAAUAAAUGGUUUGAUACAUUAUAAUAAUUCUACACAUGUGUGUACAGUGAGUAAUGAUUAUAGUGGCAAUAAUAUUCUAUGACAGCUUUGGAUCUUUCACCAGAUAACUGGGCUCUAAAAUUAAAAUCAUUUAUAUAUAUGUGAAUGUUACAAAUGAAUUUAAAAAAAAAUUGUUUAUUUUUUUUUAUUUCUUACACAAAUACCUUAUCCAGUUUGGCCUAAUAUUCAAGACAAUGGAUUUAUAUAAUUUAUGCUAAAGGAAACAAGAAAAGUGCUCCUAAACUAAUCCAUUUCUUAAUAACAAAUACAUAAAUCCAUUUUCCUAAAUUUUAGGCAAUGCGACUCUAUUAACUUAGAAGCAAAAUAAAUGCUGACAACAAUCCAAGUUUAUUUGACUCUGAUAGUCAUUGAUAGUAUGGGAAAGAAAUAACAUGUAACCUUUUGAUGUUCAAACUAGAUUUUAACAUCUUCCAGCGAAAUAUCUGAUUGUUCAAAAACUAUUAUAGAAUACCAACAUUUUUAGCUCACCUGGCCCAAAGGGCCAAGUGAGCUUAUGCCAUCACUUGGCGUCCGUCGUCGUCGUAAACUAUUUCAAGAAUCUUCUCCUCUGAAACUACUUGGCCAAAUACUUCCAAACUUUAACUGAAUGUUCCUUAGGGUAUCUAGUUUAUAAGUUGUAUCCUAAGUUUUGAUCCAUCAACAAACAUGGUCGCCAUUGCUAAAAAUAGAACAUAGGGGUCAAAUGCAGUUUUUGGCUUGUAUCUCAAAAACGAAAGCAUUUAGAGCAAAUCUGACAUUGGGUAAUAUGGUUCAUUAGGUCUAAAUUUAUCCGCCCUGAAAUUUUCAGAUGAAUCAAACAACCCAUUGUUGGGUUGCUGCCACUUAAUUGAUAAUUUUAAGGAAAUUUUGCAGUUUUUGGUCAUUAUCUUGAAUAUUAUUAUAGAUAAAGAUAAACUGUAAACAGCAAAAAUGAUCAGCAAAGUAAGAUCUACAACUAAGUUAAAUGACCAAAAUUGUCAAUUGACCCCUUUAGGAGUUAUUGCCCUUUAUAGUCAAUUUUUAACCAUUUUUCGUUAAUCUUAAUUAACUUUUACAAAAAUCUUCUCCUCUGAAACUACCGGGCCAAAUACUUCCAAACUUUAACUGAAUGUUCCUUAGGGUAUCUAGUUUAUAAAUUGUAUCCGAAGUUUUGAUCUAUCUACAGACAUGGUCGCUAUUGCUAACAAU